GACUCCAUUUUAACACAUGUACAGCCAUUGCACACCAAAAUGUCUGUGGAAGAUUUACACUCAGCCUUCCAGUCAGAUGAGAGUGACAGUGAGGCUGAAAAGAACGUGAGUGAUGGCGAAAAAGACGACGACGAGGAGCCCAAUUACCUGGAGCUCGUCCAACUGCACAACAACCUGAAGUACUUUCAAGACAUCUAUUACAACAACGGACUGAUAGACACAGAGUACAUGUUGAGCGAGGCUGGCCCGGGCUAUGACUCUGACAGUGACGAAUCAGUGCUGUCUCUCAUCCAGUACCACCUGGACAGCGUAGAUUCAGAGCUGUCUCUCUGGAACACCUUUAUGGACAGUGUUUUUGAAGACGUGCUCUCGAGAAAUUCUUCGCCCGAGGAUGGGUCGAGCUCUGACACCUACGAUUCCGCACUGAGCAGCAUACAGGAUUUUGUCCAGCUGUAUGAAGAAGUAGUUUCCACAUCUGUAUCAUCAUCAUCUGAGACCUCGUCCUCGAGUUCGUCUUCCAGUUUGUCCUCCAGUUCAUCUUCCAGUUCAUCCUCCAGUUCGUCUUCCAGCUUGUCUGCUGCCUCAGAUGUUUCGGAUGAACGUGUAACAAAUGCAGACGAUACAAACAGUGUCGAGGAUGGAGGCGCAGAGGACGAGCUGUGAAGCUUGGAGCAACUUUCUAAUAAAUAAGUCCGUCCUUAACGGAACAUUUUGUUAAAACAUUUUAAAAGAAAAAUUAUAGU